AGUGGCCAUUAUAAACCUCCCGCAUAGCAAAUGCAGAAAUCUCCAGUUUUUCCACGGUAAACUAAUUAAAAACCAUGGUACACAGACACCAAACAGCACGGUUGGUAAAACCCAGUACAAAUGGAAAUUCCUAGAAAUUUGAACUUGACGGUUGUGGAGGCACUGCGGAAGAGUGUAUAUGCAUGUUCCACAUCUAGGCUGCCACAGAAAGAUAUCUGCUGAUGCCCAGUUACAAACUUGAAUGAAGAGAAAGGGAUUCUACGCAAGUGACUCACAAACAUAUAGAUAUAAAGGUCACUACAAAGGUCUGCCUCUUCAGAUAUUAAACGAGUCCAGAGAUCAGAGGCCACAAAGUCUGUUGCAAAAGCAGCUGCAAUUGAGGCUUUGUGAAGCAUGCAGCAAGUAUCAGCUUGUGCCGGCCAUGCUGGCCUGUGGAAGUUUCGACAGCUGGAGCAAACACCGCCUGGAAACCACAAAAUGUCACGUGGUACACAAAGGAGGGGGUGGAGAUCACUUCACUUCCACCAUAUUCUUCAUUAACUUGGAAUUGAAGUUCGAACAUCAGACACCGAAGGUGUACCAUAUGCUACUGAAAAUAUCACCGGAAGAUCCGAUAUACCGGAAGUACAUAGAUGCGGAUAUUCUCUUCCAUAAUGAGACCCUCAUGUACAACGAAGUCAUCCCCUCCUUCAAAGAAUUACUGAAGAAGCGACAGGCAGUUUCACUGGGACAGAUUUUCCCGAAAUGUUACUACGCGAAAUGUGGCGCUGGUGACACCGACAUUGUUGUGCUGGAGAACAUGGCGCCUCGAGGCUUCAGACCAUCAGCUGACAAGCUGUCCUUGGACUACGAUCACUGUGCAAUCGCACUGAGUCACCUGGCGCGGUACCACGCUAUCUCUUACGCAAUGAAGAAGCUGGAGCCCUCAGCGUUUCAUGCCAUGGUAAAGAAGUCCAGGGCACAGAACUACGCGAACAGCUCCCCAGAAGAUAUGACAUACUUUCUGAAGAAGACGUCUUACAGGGGUGUCAGAUACGUGGAGGCUCGACAGGAGCUGGACCAAGCGACUCUAGACAGGCUGAAGGAUCGUCUGGAGGUUGCAGGGCAACUCUUCUCGGACUUGAUGGCGCCCAAGGAGCCACUGGCUGUGAUGUGCCAUGGAGAUUUCUGCAGAAACAACAUCCUGUUCCGAUAUGACUCUGGGAAGCCAUGUGACGCCAUACUGUUUGAUUUCCAGAACGUGAAGUAUGGUUCUCCAGUUAUUGACCUAUCGCUUCUUAUGUACCUCAACAUGUCAUCGGAACUCAGGGCCCAGCAUUGGGACGAUUUGUUCGGUGAGUAUCAUGUCGCGCUGACAGGGACUCUCGCUGAGAUCCUAGGCUGCUCUGUUGAGGAACUGUUGCCAGACUUUGGAUUGGAAGAGUUCCGCAAGGAAUUUGUUGGCCACUGCCUCUACGGCUACCUGAUCUGCAGCUUCUUCCUGCCUCAGAUGCUGGUGGAGCAGAAGGACCAGGUUGACCAUGAAAUACUUUUCAAGAGUCUCAGUCAGAUGGCAGAUAUAAUAAUCAACUACGGAGAACCAGCACCCAAGAAAUUGGCAGACAUUUUGAAGCAUCUGGCACCAAUGGGUGCAAUAUAGAUGAGUAGUGUUGUACAAAUAUAAUUUGCUUUCCUUGGUGAUAUGCUUCUGCACCCAUGACACAGGCAAGUCAUAAAUUGUGUUAAAGUAAUGACAUUGUAUUUGUGAGGAGUGAAAGAGUGAUUAAAAAGAUGA